ACCCUGGGUUGUUUGGCUGGAAGGCGGAGUUAAAUCCGAUAAAGUCUCCUCUGAAACAACAGUGAAGUCAGUAGAAGUUCUCACUUUCGCUGGAGUAAAGUGCUUUCUACGCUCACAUUGUGGACAGGUCUUCGUUUCUUGUGCGCACCGCAGAGGAAAGUGGGCCAACAAGGUUACAAUUUCACCUGCGGGGUAAAUCCAACGUCAUCUCGUGAUAGGUGUGAGUUUAAAAUGAAGCAUCUCUCAUUAUUGUUCCUGGUUGCACUGGUGACCUUGUAUGGCCACGAGGGUGUGCUGUCCCAGGCUCCCUCUUAUGGUGAAAGGGGCUCUGAUCUGGGCAUACAGGUCUUUCAGCAAGUAGUCCGCUCCAGGCCCCUGGAAAAUGUGGUGCUGUCACCCCAUGGGGUAGCUUCCAUCCUUGGGAUGUUAUUGCCAGGAGCCCAUGGGGAGACUCGGAAGCAGGUCCUCAAUGCUCUCCGUUACAAGAAGAAUGGACCAUACAAGAUGUUGAAGAAGUUGCACAAGACCUUGACAGCUAAGUCCAACCAGGAUAUUGUGCUGAUCGCCAACGCCAUGUUUACCCAGGAGAGCUUCCCCAUGAAGGAGGCCUUUGUAGCCACCAAUAAAGCCAACUUCCAGAGUGAGAGCAAGUGCCUGGAUUUCAGCAACCCCCAUGCAGCAGCAGAUGAAAUCAAUAAAUGGGUGAACAAUAAGACCAAAGGUCAUAUCCCCAGCUUGAUCAAAGCAGAUAUGCUGGACCCGAUUUUGACCCGUCUGGUUGCUGUCAACUCAAUCUACUUCAAAGGCUUAUGGAAGUCCCGCUUCCAGCCUGAGAACACCAAGAUGAGACCCUUCACUGCAGGCAAUGGAAAUGUAUAUAAAGUCCCAAUGAUGUCCCAACUAUCUGUCUUCAACAUGGGCAUGGCCACCACACCUCAGGGACUGAAAUACAAGGUGAUCGAGCUGCCCUAUCACGGCAACACCAUCAGCAUGCUGAUCGUUCUGCCCUCUGAAGAGGACACACCCCUGUCCCGUGUUAUCCCACACAUCAGCACAGCCACAGUGCAGAGCUGGACCAAACUGAUGCACAUGAGAAAAGUCCGCCUGCUCAUCCCCAAGUUUACUGCUGAUGCGGAGGUGGACUUGGAAGCCCCUCUUUCAGCACUGGGAAUAACAGACAUAUUCAAUGAGAACAGAGCUGACUUCAGACACCUCAGUACUGAGCCUGUGUAUGUAUCCAAGGCACUUCAAAAAGCCAAAGUUGUUGUGAAUGAAGAUGGAACAAAAGCAGCAGCUGCCACUACUGCCAUUUUGUUGGCUCGGUCCUCUCCACCUUGGGUUACAGUGGACAGACCUUUCCUCUUCCUCAUCAGACAUAACCCCACAGGUACCAUUCUCUUUAUGGGCCAGAUCAACCAGCCUUGAGCCUGGCCAUUGCUGCUCAGCCCCUGAUACUGUAGCAUCGUAGGCCAGCAGCGGAAAUGCUUCUACCCUGCCACGCAUGAACACACACACAUAAACACACUCCCACAUAUACACACACAAAUUUUGCUGUAGACUUAUGUACAGUGUGGAGAUAUGUUAUUUGUUUUAAAUAUUGCUUUUUAUGUUACCCAUUUCCUUAAAUGCAUAACAUGGGUUAUAAAAUGUUUUGCAUACUAAAGUUUCCAGCUGUUUUAAUUUUUUGUUUUACUUUUUUGAACUUUUUAAGUUGGUUUUUUUAAAGACUUUGAUUGUUAAAUGUGUAUUUUCUCAAAUCUGGAGUGAGAUAAUCCAUUUGUUUAUUCCAUCACUGGUUCAGUUUAAAAGUUCUCCAUCUCAAGUCAUGUCACUCCAGUCUGUUCUAAGUUUCACUCCAAAGUUAUGGAUGUACAUCACAUCUUGAACGCCAAGCAUCCAGCUACUUGUUUCCCUCACUGAGGAGGUCCUCUGUUAUCAUACUUGCUUCAUAUUUGAUCAAAUAAAUACACAUAUUUAUAACA